AUUAAAAUUAUAGAAUGUACAAAUAGAUAUAUAUAUAUAUAUAAUUACUCAAAAAAAUUACUUAUUUAUGGUUGCAAAUCUUGAAUAAUGCAUCAUCUAUGGCAGUCUUAACCUCUCUUUUAUAAUUUUUCUCUAACCUAUACGAAGAAUAAACCGGAGUACACACCAAUCGCUAUCAAUUGAUCGGUGAACCCGCUGUGUCAAUGAAACCGGCAUGCCGAGAGGAUUCCAAUAAUUUAAUUACAAUAAUGUCUACCCAGUGAUCAUUGAAAAUUUUUUAUAAACCUAAAACAAAUUUAAAUGGCAAAUUAAAUAGAAUAAGAAAAGAAUAAGUGUCUUCCAAAAGAGAUACGUAUAUUUUUGAGAGAAAGGGAGAAACAAAUCGAUGUGCGAGUCUGCCGCAUUUGCAAGGAUGAUACCGAGGAUCCUGAUGCACGGUGCACCAUGUCGGACGUUGUGCACGAUACACAGUAAGGUGAACCUGUUGCCUCACAGACGCGAUCCUUCCAAGACGAGUAACGUCUCGGCAAUGUCUACUCUGCCGCCUGACAGCCCAAUGAAUGUAUUCGACAGGAAGGCAAAACUGCUGCAGCGUGAGCGUGCAGCCAGGGACGCUGACGUCCACCUGUACGACUACAUCAAGGAUGAGGUGGGCUACAGACUGUCUGACCGGAUAUUCGACAUCAAACGAAAAUUCGGCAGAGCCCUUGAUCUGGGAUGUGGUCGUGGCUAUGUGUCGAAGCGGAUCCUCAGCGAGUGCGUGGAGGAGUUGGUGCUGGCCGACAUGAGCCCGAGCUUCCUCGACCAGGCCGAGACCACGGAGGGAGUGAGAGUGAAAAAGGAAGUCGUCGACGAGGAAAAUCUGUCUUUUGAGCCUAACAGUUUCGACAUGGUUAUCAGCUGCCUGAGUCUUCACUGGAUCAACGACCUACCUGGCUGUUUCAGGCACAUCAAUAGCAGCCUGAAAAACGACGGGGUCUUCCUGGCUGCUAUAUUCGGGGGCGACACGCUUUACGAAUUGAGAAGUUCCUUGCAAUUAGCUGAGCUCGAGAGGCACGGUGGGAUCUCGCCGCAUAUCUCACCGUUUGUAGAAAUCCGAGACAUCGGCUCGUUAUUAACGAGAGCAAAUUUCACCAUGCUAACUAUCGACACUGAUGAGAUGGUCAUUGGAUAUCCGAGCAUGUUCGAGCUCAUGUGGGAUUUAAAAGGAAUGGCGGAGAACAACGCGUCUUGGAAUCGUAAUUUGCACCUGUCGAGAGAUACGCUAAUCGCAGCUGCGGCCAUAUACAAAGAGCUGUAUGGAAAAGUCCGAGAUGACAGUACAUCGUACGUUCCCGCGACGUUUCAGAUAAUAUAUAUGUUGGGGUGGAAACCGGAUCCAUCGCAGCCGAAACCACUUCAACGAGGAACAGGGGAAGUAUCGCUCAAGGACUUGUACAAGCUUGACCAAAUAAUCAAGGACACCAAGGAGAUAAAACUAGGCGAUGACGAUAAGUAGCUCUAUCAGAGUAAUCUUUAUUGAUCGCACAUUGAAUGUAAAUACUUUAUAUCGUAUGUAAAACUUAAUAUAUUAUAUAAAUCCGCUCUCAAAUGAUGAGUGUAAAAAAAUAA